UACUGAUAAUUCCACAACUCCACACCACUCACCGUGUUCUCUUCUUCAAAGUCCCUUUUUUAUUUUUUUACAAUACGUCUCUACAAUUCCAUUAAUAAAGCAAAAGUUACAAAAUUGAUAACAAAACAUUGAGGACUGAAAUCCAGUCACCCGGGAGUUGGUUCUUUGUUCGUGACCGAUCAACCCAGUUUGCCAGAACAUUCUGCUCUCUCCUAACAAAGGAAACUUUUACAUCUUGGAGUCACCGUGUUCUCUUCUUCAAAGUCCUUCCUCCGGGAUACUUUCAAGAUACAGAUCCAGCAAAAAUCAUGAAAGAAACACCAAGCCGCUGUCACAUCGUGGCUCUGCCAUAUCCUGGCCGUGGCCACAUCAAUCCUAUGAUGAACUUCUGCAAGCUACUGGUUUCCAAGCCCAAUACUACUGUUCUCGUCAGCAUCGUCGUUACUGAAGAAUGGCUCCGAUUUCUGGGUUCAGAGGAGACCUCAGGAAGUGAGAAAAUUCGUUUCAGAACCAUACCUAAUGUCAUUCCAUCGGAGCUGGUUCGAGCUGCGGAUAUGGAGAAGUUCAUCCAAGCCUUGAACACAGAGAUGGAACCCCACUUCGAGCAGCUGCUCGAUCAGUUGGAUCCCCCAGCUUCUCUCAUCAUGGCCGAUACUUUCCUGUCAUGGACAGUCUGCUUGGGGAACCGGAGAAAUAUUCCGGUGGCCUCAUUUUGGUGCAUGUCGGCCACGGUUUUUUCACUCUUCCACCACUGGGAUCUUUUCACACAGAACGGACACUUCCCUGUCAAGUUAUCAGAGAACGGGCAUCAGCUCGCGAACUACAUUCCCGGGCUAUCUCCAAUACGCCUAGCUGAUCUCCCGCCACAAUUCACCGGUUACAGCGAAUCGCUAAUGAAUCGACUCCGAGAAGGGUUCUCCAGGGUUCCCAAAGCACAGUACCUGCUAAUCUCCACUAUGUAUGAGAUUGAACCCCAAGCUGUGGAUGCUCUGAAGCAAAGCCUGGCAUAUCCAAUCUACACCAUCGGCCCUGCAGUUGUCCCACAUUCUGAUUCGAUAACGGAGAAUGACACCCAACCCGACUACUUCAGAUGGCUGGACCGGCAACCAGCGAGGUCAGUUCUGUAUGUCUCCAUGGGCAGCUAUUUGUCAUUUUCAGCAACACAGGUGGAGGAAAUCGCGGCAGGUUUGUGCCAGAGCGGGGUUCGGUUCCUGUGGGUGGCUCGUGGCGAAGCGACUAGACUGCAGAAGGCCUGGGGAGGCGACACGGGACUCAUGGUGCCGUGGUGUGAACAGCUGAAGGUGCUUCACCACCCUUCGGUAGGCGGGUUCUGGACCCACUGCGGAUGGAACUCCGUGCAGGAAUGCCUGCUCAGUGCCGGGGUUCCGAUGCUGACGUGGCCUCUCGCCAUCGACCAAUUGCCCAACAGCAAAGUGAUCGUCGAGGAUUGGAGGAUCGGGUGGAAGGUGAAGGAGGAAGCUUGGAUGGGUAGAGAGCGAGUGGCGGGAAUUGUGAAGAAGUUCAUGGAUUCUGAGAACGCCGAAGUGAAAGAGAUGUGUACUAGAGUAAAAGAGCUGCAGCGGAAGGCCAGAGAUGCUGGUUCGGAUGGAGGGUCCAUGGCUACUGGAAUGGGAUGCUUUCUCAGAGACAUUUCAUCCAGCUUGUGUUAAGCAUACACACAAUGUCUUCUCCAUGAAGCUCGAAUCUAGAUCCACAGCAAAGCAGCAGCAUGAGAAUCCAGAUGCAACACCGAUUCAUUCGCCUUUCCCCUUUCUGUUUUGAAUAUUUGAUGCAUCUUGUAAGUUAGGAACCUCGAUGACUGCAUCGCAGACAUUUCAACCGCUUGUUAUCGUCGUUGAAGUGAAUGAAUCUCUGCAAGCACAUAACAGAUGCUUUGCUUUAUUGACAUUCAGCAGCUUCCCACUAAGAUGAAAUGAUAACAUAGAAUAUAAGAAACAAUACAAAAGAGGAUAAAGACAAAAGGGACUAACCAAGGCGGUAGGUAGCCAGGGGCGGAGGGAGAGAGUUAGAGGGUGGGUCCCUGACCCACACUAAUUCCGGUUAGAAAAUGGUCAAUUAAGUACAAUAGUUAAUCGGGUAUGAAAAAUAAUACGUAUUUAAAUGAAAUUGGUAGACCUGAAAUAUUUGAUGUAUGAAAAAUAACGAGCGUUGACAUAUUCAAUGUAUUUAUAACGAGCUAUGUACAAAUGAUAAUGAUGUAUAUGAUUCGCCCAAAAUUGAAGAUGUAUGUAUUCAAUAUUUACAACAAAUUUCCACCAAAUCAUAAUUCAUUUGUAAAAAUAAUUUUAUUUCAAUCAGGGUAGGGAGAUUGUAACAGGUGUUUCCUAAGGACGAAAAUGAGUAAAAUUAGUAUAAUAGUUAAUUGAGAAUGAAAUUUAGGGCACUUCUAAUUGAGAAUGGUUGACCGAGAUAUCAUUUGUUCGAAUCUUUGUAACCUCAUUUGUUAAACACAUGAUAUUCGGAUUUACGUAAACUUUAAGCACGCAUAAGUUGGUUGUAGUAAGCAGGAAAGUGUUAGUAAAUACUAAAUAGUAUUAUAUUCAUUAUUAAAUCUUUUCUAACAACUCGAGUUAAUGAUACUAAACGGUCUUGACGAAGAACACGAUUCAAAAGCAAAUGUCUAACUAAAUCAUAAAUAAUUGUUUGAUACAUAUAUAGUGAUAUUUUUUUAUAGUUUUAACAUAAAAUUUAAUUUAUCAA